CUGAGCGGGUGGGAGGGUCCGGGGGAUAAAAGAAACGCCCCCGUUCGCUCUUCCUGUCACUCAUAACUGGAGCAAGUCUGGACGUUAAGGCUGCAGUAUACUUUCUCUUUCCACACAUAUCUUUGUAACACUAUCGAUAAACAACAAGAACAAACAACGACAGCCAAAAGAUGGCCCAGUGGCAGGAGCUGCUGAAGCUGGACUCGGCCCUCCAGGGCCAGGUGAGCCAGCUGUAUGAAAGCAAAUUCCCCAGAGAGAUCCGCCACUACCUGUGCGCCUUGAUAGAGAGCCAGGACUGGGAUUCUGCUGCUGUGGAUGCAGAUACAGCAAACACUUGUUUCCACUCACUCGUGAUGUGUCUGGAGGAACAGUGGAACCGUUCUGUCCAGGAGAACAACAUCUUACAGGGACCUAAUUUUCGAGGGAUGAAAGACUACUUGCUGAAAUGCUUUGGAGCUGAGCCUCUGGGGUUGGCUGUGAUCCUCUCUGAAUGCCUGAAGGAGGAGAAGAACAUCCUGGCUUCAGCCUGUGAAGCUCAGAGCUGCAGCAGUCCAGCCAUGGAUCAGAAAUGGAGAGAGCUGGACAACAAAGUGAAUGAGCUGAAAAGACAGACUUCGGAGAUGAAGAAGAAGAUGAAGUCCUUGGAGUCCCGAUAUGAAAACCUCGACUUCAUACAGAAGACCUGGCAGAACAAAGUGGAGCAGAACGUUGGACUGGCCCAGUCCCAGGCUGUCGUGGCAGAGGAAUGUCUUAAACUGACCAACCAGCUCACAAAAACCAAGCAGAUGGUCCUGCAGCAGAUAGUGAACAUCUUGAACCUGACGCAGCAGAUUGUGGCGACUCUUACAGAUGUGGAGCUGCCCGAGUGGAAGCUCAGGCAGCAGAUGUCCUGCAUUGGAAGUCCAGUUGACGCCUCUCUGGACCAUCUCCAGAAGUGGUUCACAGCUGUAGCAGAGGUGCUUCUACGGGUACGUGAACAGUUGCAGAAACUGCAAGACCUGAACAAGAAAUACAGCAGAACUGAUGUGUGCAGCGAUCCCUUGGCAGAAAUUGAAAAAGUCACACUGUCCUUGUUCACAAAACUUCUUGCAAAUGCUCUGGUGGUUGAGAAACAGCCGAUCAUGUCGAGUUUACCACAACGACCUCUGAUCCUGAAGACUGGGGUGCGGUUCUCAGUGACUGUGAGGUUCUUAGCAGACCUCCCAGAAUUCAAGUGUCUGCUCAAAGUCCAACCUGUGUUUGACAAGGAUGUUGAAGAAACCAAGACAAUUAAAGGGUUUCGUCGCUUUGACUUCAACAACAACGACUGUAAGGUGCUGGACGUGGUGGACUCGCCCCGUGGAGGCUCGGUGGCAGAAUUCGUUCACAUGUCACUCAAGGAAGCCAAAAGAAAACCCAAAGGAUCAUGUGAGAGUCGUCUCAUAGUCACUGAAGAACUCCACAUCAUUAAGUUUGUGACAGAGUUUCAGCACGCUGGGCUGCAUUUUAACAUUGAGGCCAGCUCUCUGCCUCUGGUCGUCAUCUCCAGCACCAAUCAGGUGGCCAGUGCCUGGGCCUCGGUCAUGUGGUUCAACAUGCUGUCAGCCACUGAGCCAAAGAACCUGUCGUUCUUCGUCGACCCUCUUCCUCUCACCUGGCAGCAGCUGUCUCAGGUUCUGAGCUGGCAGUUUUUGACCGUUGGCAACCGGGAGCUCAACGAAGACCAGCUGUCCACGCUGAGAGACAAACUUGUGGGUGACGACUCUGAUGGUCUUGUUUACUGGAGCAACUUCUCCAAGAAUGACAACGGCUGGCUUUGGAUUGAUGGAAUCCUUGAUUUGAUUAAAAAACACCUGGUGGAUCUUUGGCGGGACGGGUGCAUCAUGGGGUUUGUGAGCAGGGAGAGAACUCAGGUUCUGUUGCAGGAGAAACCAACUGGGACCUUUGUGCUCCGCUUUAGUGAGAGCAUCAAAGAUGGAGCCAUCACCUUCAGCUGGGUGGAGCACACCAAUGGUGAGACCCAUGUGCACGCAGUAGACCCGUACAUCAAGAACGAGCUGCUGGCCACGUCUCUGCCAGACACAAUCAACAACUACAGUGUGAGAGUUAACAGGAAAGUGCACAGGAACCCUCUGAUCUAUCUUUACCCAGACGUCCACAGAGACACUGCCUUUGGACGCUACUACACAUCUGCAGCAUCGGCUCCUAAAAAGGUCAACCCUGGCUACGUUAAAAGGAAUAAUGCAUCUUUCUCAGACAAUCCGACACCACCUCCAUCUCCACCUAACGAGGCUCCCUUUGAGGAUAUGGACAUAGGAACACAUCUGGACGCUCAACAAGCUCUUCAGGAACUCUUUUCGGAAUUACAAGACCUCCCGGACCUCCAUGACCUCCCUGAACCCUAUCAAGAACUGCCAUCAGCACAUCCCAUCUGUUUCGAUUUUGGUAGCUCCUACUGAAAAAGUGCCAUUGGGUUCCUCAGAAUGGGACAUUUUAUUCAUCAAGUACAAGCAAUGUUUUCAGUGCAGCCGUCAGUAACAAAAGGAAAACAGAACAAAGCCACUUGACUGCAUAAAAACAACAAUCAAUGUAAUUAUUUAUGAUUCUGCUAUAUGUAUAUAGGAAAAUAUUGACAAGAUACUACUGCACUGUUUUAUAUAGUUUCUUGACUCUUCUUGAAAAUCCUGCUGCAUUGCGUAAAUGUCAUGCUGUAAUGUAUGUUCUUUACUUUUGUUUAUUAAAAUAAACAUUGCUAAAUGCAUUUCAGUGCCAAGAAAAAUAACAUCAGCAUUAUACAGUACUAGUAACCUAUAAGAACAUCUUUAUUUAUGCAGAGAAAAGUAUAACUGCUAGUUGUCAGUGGGUUAGUUAGACUGUCCUGAGCGACCUCUACAUCACCUGCUCGAAAUAUGACCCUUCACUGGUAAAAAAAAAAAUAUAUAUAUAUUAAUAAA